AUGGAGCAGGAAAGUUUUCUUCACAGAGUACUGAAGAUUGUCAAAGAUGAAACAGCUCCAAAUGUACCACUUAUCGAGUUCAGACACCCGAAGGAGUUAGAGGACAUACUCAAAGAUGACAUAAGCAUAUCUGACCCGGUAUCUGACCAACAACUGGAGGAGUCUGUGCGAAAAGUGUUACACUAUAGUGUGAAAACCAAUAAACCAACUUUCAAAAACCAAUUGUAUGGCGGGACUGAUCCGUAUGGCCUUGCGGGGACUUGGAUCGCUGAGGCCUUUAAUACUAGUCAAUACACAUACGAAGUGGCGCCAGUGUUCACUUUGAUAGAAAACAAAAUGUUGAACCACAUUCUCAAGUUAUUUGGUUUCCCUGAUGGUGACGGCAUUUUCAGCCCCGGUGGAAGUAUAUCUAUGCUGUAUGCUAUAGUUGCAGCUAGGUUCAAAGCCUUUCCAGAAGUAAAAUCAAAGGGAAUUAGGAAUCUGCCAGAAAUGGUUAUGUAUUCAUCGGAAAGCUGUCAUUAUUCCAUAAUGAAAGCUGCGCAUUGGCUCGGUCUUGGCACAGAAAGUGUGCGGCUAAUUAAAAGUAAUCAAUGUGGACAAAUGGUUAUAGAAGAACUGGAAACGGCGUUGAAAAAUGACAUAAAUAGUAAUAAAGUACCAAUCAUGGUGAAUGGUACUGCUGGCACUACAGUUUUGGGGGCCAUAGAUAACCUGGAUAAAAUAGCUGAUAUCUGCGCUGAAUAUGGUGUUUGGAUGCAUGUUGAUGCAUGUUGGGGAGGCAGUCUGAUGCUAUCACAAAAGUUUCGGACGAAAUUAAAAGGAAUUGAGAGAGCAAACUCCAUUUCAUGGAACCCGCAUAAGAUGGCUGGUGCUCCUCUGCAAUGCUCCUUAUUUCUUUUGAAGGAGAGAGGACUAUUGCAUGAAGCAAACUCAGCUGCAGCGCAGUACCUUUUCCAACAAGACAAGUUCUAUGAUGUCCGUUACGAUACAGGAGACAAGAGUAUACAGUGUGGAAGAAAGAUAGACGCAUUCAAGCUGUGGAUGAUUUGGAAGGCGCGUGGUGAUAUAGGCCUGAACCAAAUGACAGACUAUAUCAUGGAGUUGGCUGAGUUUUGUUUGGAGACUGUGGCCCUUAGACCAGGAUUUCGUCUCGUGUCUGCUCCUUUACAAUGCCCUAACGUAUGUUUCUGGUAUAUACCAAGCUUUAUGCGGCACCAGACUGAGGAUGAGAAGUGGUGGGGGCUGAUGCAUAAGAUAACGCCAAAAAUCAAAGAAAUCCUGAUGACAAGUUCACGUAUGAUGGUUGCUUACUCCCCUCAUAAAGAACACAAAAACUUCUUCCGGCUCGCCUUCACCUUUCAUCCAAAACUUAAAGAGAAAGAUAUAAUAGAAAUGUUACAGGCGAUAGAGGACUGCGGAGAAAUGAUCACCAUUGAAAAUUUGUAA